CAGUUGGCGAAUGACACUUGUUUAAAUACUCAAAACAGAAGGAAUAACGUGCCAUGCGAUAACACUUUUUCGUGUCAUAUACUCAUAUUGUUUAUCGUUAUUGUAUGAAAGAAACUCUGUGUUAUUUUAUACUUUAGAAAGUUACCUACCAUUUUUUAAACAUUACAAUUAUAUUUAUGUAUAGUCAAUAAAUUAUCUUAUAUUUAUCUAUAUCACCGGAUUACUAAAAUCAUGUUGAAUAAAGCGUCAUUAGCAAUCAAAUACUUGUUAUUUGUCUUCAAUUUGAUAAUAUUUUUGAGUGGAAUUUUACUUUUAACCCUUGGAUUAUCAAUUCGUAACGUUUACAACCAAUAUGAACAAUUUUUAACAGAGCACUAUUUUACUGUGCCGUCUCUGUUGAUUGCCGUUGGUCUCGCAGUUCUAACAGUAUCAUUUUUUGGAUGCUGUGGCACAUUUAAGGAAAACAAUUGUAUGAUGAUCACCUUCGGAUUUCUUUUAGCAUCGUGUUUUAUAAUGGAAAUCGUAGGCGGUUUAGCUGGGUUUAUAUUAUUGGAAAAAACUCAUUCUGUAGUGACAUCAAAACUACACGAAACUAUGAUGUUUUAUAACAAAACAACGCACAUAACACAUAUAUGGGACGGACUUCAAACAUCUUUACAUUGUUGUGGAGCUGAGAAAUUGGAUGACUGGUAUCCCAUACUUGAAAACCAAUUACCUAUGUCUUGUUGUGGAUCAUAUGAUGGAGCAAUAGAUCAUCAGAAUUGUACAGCAUCUGAACCAACUGUUUACCAGCAACCAUGUUAUGAGUCAUUAUCAAAAAUUGUAAAAGAAAAUGCCAGUACGUUAAGUGGUGUUACUAUAGGAAUAGCGUUUUUGCAGUUGGUAGGUAUUAUGCUGUCAUGUUCAUUGUCAAAGUCUAUUCAAAAAAGUUAUAAACAAGUUUAAAAUCAUGCGUAUCAUUGAAACAAUAAUGCCAACCUGGCAUCUAUUUUUCAACUAAUAAAUACUUUUUUUAUAAAAAUAUUAAGAGAUAAAUAAUAUAUACAUUAGAAGAUAUUAUAUUUAUCUGUCAAUGAUAUACAUUUUAUUAAUAUAUGUAAAUGUGUUGUAUGUAUAAAUAAGUUUAAAAUAAUAAAUAUCAAGCAGUAAUGAGAGUUUAUAACUAUUAUCUUUACAUUAAAAAUGUUUUAGUAUAAGAUGGUCGAUGGAUAUUUGAAUUUUGUAGAAAUUAAUUAAUUAUUAAUUUAAUUACUUAUAAGUUAUAAUAUCAUAUUAUG